GAGUUGGCAGAAAGCAGACAAACGGAACCCUCUGGAGUUAGAGAGCGGUACAAAGCGCUGAGAUGGUUGGAGCACGGCAAGAAAUAAAACUGAAGAAAUACAGAUACCUGAUUGCAUUGGUCAUCAUUCUGAUGGUGGUUGGAGUAUUAGUAUUGGUAGCAAUACCUGUGGUGCAGAACAGGUCACUGCCAAAGAAACUGAAGUAUGGAAUAGUGCUUGAUGCCGGUUCCUCUCACACUGCAUUGUACAUCUACUCCUGGCCAGCUGAGAAGGUGAAUGAUACUGGUAUAGUUACAGAGGUGGAUUCCUGCAAAGUGAAAGGACCAGGCAUUUCCAGUUAUUGGAAUGAUAUUGAACAGGCCGGCAAAUCCCUGAAAGUGUGCCUCGAUAAGGCUAAAGAGCGAGUUCCUGAGAAACAGCAGUACGUGACCCCAGUGUAUCUCGGAGCAACAGCUGGCAUGCGCUUACUGAGAUCGCAGAACCAAGCUCUGGCUGAGCAACUUAUGAAAUCAGUGCAAGAGUUCAUUAAGACUUAUCCAUUCGAUUUCCAAGGGGUACAAAUUAUAAGAGGACAGGAAGAGGGAGUGUUUGGAUGGAUUACUGUCAAUUAUCUAAUGGAAAACAUCGGGAAGGAUAAUGCAGGAGGAAACCUUGAAACAGUGGGGGCGCUGGACCUGGGCGGUGCCUCCACACAGAUUACAUUUGUUCCUGGUGAGAAGAUUGAAUCCGAGGAAAGUGCUCUGAAAAUGCGUCUGUAUGGGAAGAGUUACAACAUAUACACACACAGCUACCUGUGUUAUGGAAAGGAUCAGGCCCUGAAAUUGCUACUGGAAAAACUGGAUAUCACUGACAAUGGAACCAUUUCAAACCCCUGUUUUAACAAAGGAUAUGUAAGAACAAUCAAUGUGACUGAAUUAUUUAAUAGUCCAUGCACAUCUGCACAGCACAAUAUAAUUCAGCAAAUGGUGAGGAUCAUUGGGACAGGGAACUUUGACCAAUGCGAUCACUACAUCAGAAGCAUCUUUAAUUUCAGUGUUUGUACGUGGAGCAGCUGUUCAUUUAAUGGGGUUUAUCAGCCAAAGGUCCAUGGAAAAUUUGGAGCAUUCUCUGCAUAUUAUUUUGUGAUGGACUUUUUUAAUCUGACAAGUGAAAAGUCUUAUGAUUUGUCCACAGCACAGCAGAGAGUGAAGGCAUUCUGUUUGAAGCCAUGGGCUGAGGUUAAAAGUUCAUUCUCAAUAAAUGAAAAAUAUCUGAGUGAAAACUGCUUUGCUGGACAAUAUAUCCUCAGCCUCCUGCAGAAUUACAAUUUUACCUCCAGUAAUUGGAAAACAAUCAUGUUUUUGAGAAAGAUUAAAGGUACAAAUGCUGGUUGGACACUUGGAUACAUGAUGAAUCUUACAAAUAUGAUCCCUGCAGAACCGCCUUACACCAAACCCCUCACCAAUACCUCAUAUCUAACAGUCAUGGUCAUCGUCUCCAUCUUCGUCUUCUUUCUGCUACUCAUUGGAUUUCUUAUUUUUAAGAAAAAAAUUUUCAAAGCACAAGAUAAGUUGUAAUUAAAUUUACAAAUACAGUAUAUGCUCGCACCAAUGUUCUGUCCAUUAAUCUUUCAACUCCAUUCAGACAAAGCAACCUACUACCUAUCCCAAAACCUGAGCUGGAAUUUUAUUCUUUGUUGACCAAAUGUCCACAUUUUGCUAUGGAAAUUGUUAUGGCAUUCCAUCCAUCCAUCUUCAUGUUGACUCCCUUCACCACUGGUGCAUAGUGACAAAAGUGUGAACCAUCUACAAGAUGCACUGAAGCAACUCAUCAAGACUCCUUCAAUAACAUCUUACAAACCUGUGAUUCUUAUCAACUUAGAAGGACAAGGACAGCAGAUAGAUGGGAACUUGACCACCUGCAAGCUCCCCUCCAAGUCAACCGCCAUCCUGAUUUGGAACUCCAUCACUCCUUCAGUAUCACUUGAUAAAAAUUUUGGAACUCCCUCCUUAACAGCAUUGUGCACGUCCCUCCACCCCAAGGACUGCAGUGGUUCAGGAAGGAUGUCCGUACCAACUUGGGCAGUCAAAUUCAGAAUGGGGAAUAAAUGCUGACCUAGCCAAUAAUUCCCACAUUCUGUGAAUGAAUUAAUUAAAAUGCUUAAAAUUGUAUUAUGCAGUAAAUUUACUUGUAUCCAAUUUGGCUAUACUCUCUCCAGCAAGCCCCAGGCAGUGGAGUUUCUCUGGAAUUGUUUAAGACUCAUUGGAUUAAGCAAUCAUCCUAAUUCCAGCAAUGAGUUGUCUCAAUAUUGUAAUAUUGAAAUUACCUGAUAUCUACUCAUUAAAUAUUCCCAAUGCCUGGACUGGGAUUUUGUUCCUUGUUGAGCAAAUGGUUAAAUUUUGCUUUGGAAAUGCUUAUUACAUGAAAAUCACAUGGAAAUCACGUGGCUAAUUUGAGCAACCAAAAAUGUGAGGUUUAUUGUGCAAAUAAGGAACUUGCUGCCCAAGAUGUCCUAUUCUUUUAGAAAUUGUGCGAUACUGAUUUGUUACUGACAGACAUAUCAUUCAAUUACAUAUGUGUGUGGUUAUUGUACUUAUCCGAUACAUUUUUGUUAAAUUUGCCAGUAAUAAUACACUUUUUAUUGGAAUGGUAAAUCAUAUUUAGUAGCAAAUAACUCUUUGGUUGUGAAAAUGAACUUUUACAAGCAAGGAAUCAUUCCUUCAGACGUUCAUUGUUGGAGAUUUAAAAUAUUUAAUCUUUCUUUCCUUCUCUUUAAAUCAGCUACAGAAAACAAAACAAUAUUGAAUUUGUUUUUCUAACUUUAUACUUCAUGAUACAAAGUCUGUGUUGCAUGUUAACAAUUCUUCAAUUUAAGUUGUUACAAGACACACGUCCUUUGUUCACAUAGAAAUUUCUGAUCCAGUGGAGAGGGGCUCUGUGUGUUUGGAUGGUUCACUGACAUCAACAUGUGAAACCUGUUUGUAAGGCACCGUUUGUUCAUUCCUCACCAGUGAUCUUAACCAAAUGUGUCUACAUGCAUCUGAUAUGCUUCCCAGCUUUUACUGAUACAGUGUGGCUUGCUGUGGUCACGGCUCCAGUUCAGGGUCAAUCUGCACAGGGUCGCACCUACUCCAGGGGCAUUGUGUACAGCUAGAGCAGCUGGACUGACACUGGCACUGAGGCAGUAUUACAGUAUACAUGAUAUCAAUUUGCUGCAUAGCAUUAGACAGGCUGAAAUAAUGCGGAAUUCGACCAACAUGUGCAACAAACCAGCACUUGCCCUACCACUCAUUCUCUAAUGCACUCAAGCUCUCUCUAACAUCCCUGAGUAUCAACAUUCUGGGAGUUACAAUUGACCACAAACUAAGCUGUACCAGCCAUUUGUACAUCACAAGAGCAGAGAGGAGGAGAGGCUGAGACUUCAGUGGCAAGUAACUCAUCUCCUGGAUUGCCAAUGCCUGUUCACUUUCUAUCAGACACAUUUUGGGACUGUGAAGAACUACUUUCCCCUUGCCUUGAUAAGUGUAGUUCCAAAAACAGUCAAGAAGCUCAAUAUCAUCCAGAACAAAGCAUUUGUUUGAUUGUCACCUUAUCCACUAACUUACAUAUUCGCUCCCUUCACACAUAGUCACAGCAGUAUGUGACAUUUACAAGAUGUACUGCAACAGCUCAUUAAGCCUCUUUCAAUAGCACUUUUCAACCCUGCAAACUAAUUCAUUUCAAAGAACAAGGGAAACAGAUGCCUAGGACUACUGACAUCUGUAUGUUAUCCUCCAAGCUUACACCACGUUGACUUAGAAAUAGAUUAUGGUUUCUUUGCUGUCACUAGAUCAAAAUGCUGGAACUCCCCUCCUAGUAGGUGUCCCUAUAAUCCCAAAGACUUCAGUUCACCACCACCUUCUCAAGGGCAAUUUGGGAUGGGCAAUAAAUUCUGGCCUAGCCAGAGAUGCCUAUGUUAUGUAAUUAAAUAAAAAGCACACUUGCAUCCUCGAUAGAAAGCUGAUAGAAUCUGUUCUCCUUCGUGGCCUCUCUCACACUUCCCAUCACAAUUCACUGGACCAUGGUUUGUGCAUGCAGUGUGACUGAGCUCUCUAGUCUGAUCCUGGAGCCUGAAUCAUGGAGACUAAUUGGAGCACUGCGAAUAUUGUCCUGGCUGACAUAGUGAAUUCAGUAUACAAAAGGAAAAUCUAAUUAGCCUAUCAAGCCAUGCUAGUACACAUUUGAUAAUUUGGAAAGGACAGACGUGCACAGUCACAGCUUAAAGGGAACAUUGCUCUAAUUUUCCUCAGUAUCAGAAUGACUCUUAUCAAAAUCACAAAUUCCAUCCGAGAUGAUUGCAACAAAUGUAAACUUUCCCUCCUUUGUCCUUCUCUACCUGCCUGUGGAAUAGUGAUGAGACCAAACCAUUUCCAGUGCCUCUCAAUUAUAAGGCCCUAGAUUUCAUAGGCCAGAUGCAGACCAUUCGGCUGACUGAAUCUAUUUCACUGUCCUGUCUUUACCCUUGAUUCCUUACUUAUUAAAAAUCUCCGUUUCUCAGCCUUAAAUAUGCUUAACAACCCAGUCUUUACAGCCCUCUGCACUAACAAAAAUUCCACAGAUUCACUACCCACUGACAGAAGAAAUUCUUCCUCCUUUCUUUCUUAAAUGGGUGAUCCCCUAACUCAGAUCAUGUGUUCUGGUCCUAGACCCUCCUGAAAGAUUCUCACUUACCAAAAAUCUUCAUAAGAACCCCCCUUAGAAGCUUAUGUAUUUCAAUAAGGUCAUUUUUCUAAAUUUCAAUGAGUACAAGUCCAACCUACACAACUCCUCACAAGAAAAUCCCUCCAAAUACAGGAUCAACCUUAUGAACCUUCCCUGGACUGCCUCCAAUGCCAAUAUCUUUCCUUAGGUAAAGGUAUCAAAACUGUUCACACUAUUCAGAUAUAGUCUGUCCGAUAUUUCCUAAUGAACCUGUUCAGAUAUGUUAACUAAUAAUAGCCAGAAAAUCACCUGUACUGGCUUCUCUUCUGUCUCCACACUAUUUCUUGAAGAUUUGAUCUUCGACCUCCUCAUGUUUAUUUUCUACAUUCAUCUCCUCUGUUCCAAAAGGACAGUAUUAAUUUUCACAUGUAUACUUAAUAACCUUCAGCUUGAUCUCAUCAUCACCUCACCCUACUCCUUCAAAGGUGCUUAUUCAUCAUCCAGUACUCAUGGAACAUAUAUUUUCGUAAAUCAAAUAUUGGGAAUACUGAAGCCAGUGUGUUCUAUCCCUAUUCCAAUCUUUAUUGAUUUCAUCCCUUUCCCUGAUAUCAGGGAAAGAUUAAGAUCGAGAUUAAUACAGGCGAAAGUGGGUAUUGCAGAUGCUGGAGAUUAGAGUCUAGAUUAGAGUAGUGCUGGAAUAGCACAGCAGGUCAGGCAGCAUCCGAGGAGCAGGAAAAUCGACGUUUCAGGCAAAAGCCCUUCAUAAGCCUGAUCUCAGCAUUUGUAUCAUAUUUGAUCCUGCAAUAAUGAGCUCCCAAUUUCAUAUUUAUAUUAUCACUAAAACAGCCUAUUUCUACUGAUAACAUAGUGUCUUCAUUCCUUCUCGGUUCUUUUGCUGGUGAAACCCUCACUUACAUCUUUGUUAACUCUGCACUUAUUGUUUCAAUGCACUCCACAAUGGACUUUCACGUUCUACCCUCCAUGCCUAUCAUGAUCACAUAUACUUCUAUAAGAUCCCCCCUCAGUUUCCAAUGCUGGAAAGAAAAAAGUCUGAUCUUGUCCAACCUCUCCCUAUAACUGGUAAUAUCUUUGUAAAUUUCUUCUGCACUCUUUCCAGUUUAAUAACAUUCUUAAAUAUUAAAGAAACAAAACCAGCAUGUCCCAUUCUAAAAGAUGAAGGUUUAAUGUAUCAUGACAGCUUCAUGACACUGUAACCCUUUUGCUAUAAAUUCUGUGUCAUGUGGUCCUGUUCCACAAUCACUUGAUGAAGAGGUAGCACCUCGAAAGCUAGUGCUUCCAAAUAAACCUGUUGGACUAUAAUCUAGUGUUGUAUAAUUUUGACUUUAAAAUUGUUAGCCUUAUUUCAAAGCUGCUCGUGGCCUUUCAAUUUCCUAUCUCUAAGUUAUACCAACCACAACCUUCUGAGGUUGUCGCAAAUGCACUCUAAUUCUGUCCACUUUUGACCCAUAUUUUAAAUGCUUCAUGGUUGGCAGCAAUGCCUUUGGUUUCUGGGAUUCAAUGCUCUGGAAUUAUUUCUUUUCUUGGAAAAAUUUCAAGAUUGCUAAGUUUUAAAUAAGCCGAUAAAUCUAUAGUGGCCCUCAGAGCUUUGUGGUAAAAGAAAGCACACCACAGAUUAGCUUGAGAGUAUUGAGAAGAUAAACAGAAUAAUGAACUGAGACAUUCAUAGUCAAGAGGAAGCAAAUAAAAGACUUAUCUCUGGUUCAGUGGAGGGAUGCAUGGUGGCUCAGUGGUUAGCACUGCUACUUCAGAGUGCCAGGGACCCAGGAUCAAUUCCACCCUCGGGUCGUGUGGAGUUUGCACGUUCUCCCUGUAUCUGUUUCUCCAGGUGCUCCAGUUUCUUCCCACAGACCAAAGAUGUGCAUUUUAGACCGUGCCACAUUGUCCCUGGUGGCCAGAGAUGUGUAGGUUAGGUGCGAAAUGUGGUGUUACUGGGUAGCAGGUUAGGUCUGGUGGGAUGCUCAUUGGAGGGUCGGUGUGGAUCCAAUGGGCUGAAUGGCCUGUUUCUGCACUGUAGAGAUUCUGUGAAAAAAAGAUUGCUGGAAUUGAAAACUAAACUGGUUUUCAGAGUACAGUGUUAAACUUAUGGAAGGUUAUGACAGAAUUAAAUACCUGAGUUGAUAUAUCUAAUCCAGAAAAGAUUGGGGUAGUAAGGAGUAAGAAGUGUAUAACAAAUAUAAUUAUGACAAUAAAUAAAACAGAAAAUGCUGGAGAAGCUCAGCAUGUCUGGCAGCAUCUGUGUGAGAAAAAAGAGUUUUGAUGUCUUAUAUGAUUUCUUGAAAAUAUCAAGUCAUAUUGGACUUGAAAUGUUAACUGUUUCUCUCUCCGCAGAUGCUGCCAGAUCUGCUGGAUUUCUCCAAUUUCUCUUGCUUUAGAUGGCCAGCAUUUGUAGUAUUUUGCUAUUAUUAUAGUAAUGUUAGUGUCAAGACUAUUUGAUUUGUUUACAUUUU